GUGGUGUCCUUUUUUUUUCCUGUCAGCAGCCAGAGGAGGGAAAAAUGCUCCGAAAAGCCUCAGACACUCUGACCGCCCAGCGACGCUCCGCCGCGGGGAUUUUAACGGGGAUAUAGGCGCUGCAGCGGCGGCGAGAAUGUAAAGAUUUGACGCGCCUGUUUGGCUUUUUUUUUUCCUCCGGAGCGCAUGCAGGAAAUUCUUGUGUAGUGCCAAAAACCCGAAGCUGUGCGUGUGUGUGGAGAGAGAGACAGAGAGCCAGAGAGGCGAGAGACAGCGGGAUCUGACUGACAUCCACCCCGGGUUCCCCCUCACUCCACUCGGCAUGCCUCUGCUGCUGCAGCCCGCUCCUCGCCUUCGCCUCCACCGCCCGUUGUUUCCAAGCUCCUGAGCGGCGGCGGCGGCGGAGGAGACAAGCACGAGACGCACGCACAGCACAGCACAGCAACGCACGCACGCUCAAAUACACAUACACACGCUCACACGUUCACACACACGGACAUGGCUUUGUCUUAACACACCGAGCAUGACGCAUUGCUGUCAGGGUGCAGCGCACCGCCGCGGCUCCGCGUCCAGAUAAACCUGAGCAGAGAGAAGAGAGAAAAGAACAGAAAGUAAGAAAUCAAAUAAUUGUUGCAGGAAGAUGGCGCCCACCAAGCCGAGCAUCCAGCAGGACCCGACGCGGAGAGAACGUGACCCGUACUGGGAGCGGCCGGCUAACGCAGGCAGCUGCGCCGCCGCCCGGCCCAAGACGCUUCACCUGGCCGGCCAGCAGCACACCUCCUCACCAUGGCUGCAGGCUCUGAGGAAGGAGAAGUCUCGGGACGCGGCGCGGUCGCGGCGGGGGAAGGAGAACUUUGAGUUUUACGAGCUGGCCAAGAUGCUGCCGCUGCCGGGCGCCAUCACCAGCCAGCUGGACAAGGCCUCCAUCAUCCGCCUCACCAUCAGCUACCUGAAGAUGAGGGACUUCGCCAACCAGGGAGACCCGCCGUGGAACCUGCGCAUGGAGGGACCGCCGCCCAACACCUCCGUCAAAGCUAUCGGUUCCCAGCGAAGGAGGAGUCCCAGCGCCGUCGCCUCGGAGAUCUUCGAGCCUCACCUGGGCAGCCACAUUUUACAGUCUCUGGACGGGUUCGUAUUUGCACUAAACAAGGAGGGACGCUUCCUCUACAUCUCUGAGACCGUCUCCAUCUACCUGGGCCUGUCACAGGUGGAGCUGACGGGCAGCAGCGUCUUCGACUACAUCCACCCUGGAGACCACGUGGAGACGGCCGAGCAGCUCGGCAUGAAGCUUCCUCCGGGCCGAGGCAUGUCUCUGUCCCAGGGAGCCGUCAACGAGGACGGGGCGUCCUCCGCCUCCUCGUCCUCACACUCCGAGACGCCCGAACCAGUGGAGUCCAGCAGUCCCAGUCUCAUGCCUCCCGACAUACUGGAACGAUCCUUCUUCAUCAGGAUGAAGUCGACGCUGACGAAGAGAGGAGUGCACAUCAAGUCCUCAGGAUAUAAGGUGAUCCAUGUGACGGGGCGUCUGCGUGUGCGGAUGGCGUUGACUCACAGCCGCUCGGUGCCGGUCCAGAUCAUGGGGAUGGUCGUGGUGGCUCACGCUCUGCCGCCGCCGACCAUCAACGAGGUCCGCAUCGACUGUCAGAUGUUCGUGGCCCGAGUCAACAUGGACCUCAAGAUCAUCUACUGCGAGAACAGGAUCAGCGACUACAUGGACCUGACGCCGGUGGACAUCGUGGGGAAGAAGUUCUACCAGUUCAUUCACGCUGAGGACGUGGAAGGAGUCAGACAGUGUCACCUGGACUUGAUGAAUAAGGGUCAGUGUGUGACGAAGUACUACCGGUGGAUCCAGAAGAGCAGCGGUUACAUCUGGAUCCAGUCCAGCGCCACCAUCGCCAUCAACGCCAAGAACGCCAACGAGAAGAACGUCAUCUGGGUCAACUACGUCCUCAGUAAUCAUGAGUAUAAAGACAUGCUCAUGGACAUCGCCCAGCUGCCAAACCUGCCUGAGAAAACCUCCGAGUCCUCCGAAACCUCCGACUCCGAGUCCGAGUCCAAAGAAAACUCUGACAAUGAGAACGCCAAGUCGGAGGGGAAGCCGGGCCAGCAGUCGGAGCGCGAGGACCCGGAGACGGACAGCAAGCGGCAGCAGCAGCCGGGACAACCACACUGCUCCUCAGAACAGGACAUGAAGCGCCAGGAGGAGGGAGACAGCUCCAGUAACCCCGAGAGCCAGGACAGCGACGACAGCCUGGAGCCUUCAGACGGGGAGGGGGAGGAGCAGGAGGAGGCCAGGGGAGGAGGACUGGGGAACCUGGGCGGGCUUCAUAUUAAAGUGGAGCACUACGGAGAGGGGGAGGACGGACAGCUGCACAACUCGCAAACUUCUUCAUCGGAGGAGGAGGAGGAAGAGGAGGAGGACGACGAUGACGAGGAGGAGGAAGACGGAGGCAUGCAGGACUGUGACAGCAACGCCGGGAGCAAGCUCCAGAAGAGACGGAAGAGGAGGAAAGUGCAGAAAUGGGACGGAUCCCGGAGCAGGAGGCUCCGUCUGUCCUCCACCACGCCCAGCCCCGUCUCCAUGGGAGACGCCGCGCCGCUGGUCGACCCCUCUCAGGCCACGCCCACCAACUCCUCCCACCUCCUCGCCGCCGCCGGCUCCCCGAACAGCACGGGCGCGACCUCCUCGGUGUUGAAGAUCAAGACGGAGAUGGCCGAACCCAUCAACUUCGACAACGACAGCAGCAUCUGGAACUUCCCGCCCAACAGAGAAAUCUCCAGGAACGAGUCCCCGUACAGCAUGACCUCCAAGCCGGCCGCUCCGGGGACGCACGAGAACUUCCCCUCGCCGCAGGGAGGCGCUCUCCAGGUCGCCAUCCCCGACUCCGUGCUCACCCCUCCCGGGACCGAGGGAGGCGCAGGAGGCGUGAGGAAGCCUCCUUACAACGGGAGCUCGGCGCCGUCCUCCGCUUCCAGCGCCGCCAGUCUAGCGCCUCCUUCCAGCGCCUCCUCCGCCGACCCCCUGUCGCCUCCUCUGUCCGCCUCCCCGCGGGACAAGCAGCAAGGCACUCCCACCACCUCCUCCUCUUCUUCAUCUUCCUCCUCCUCGUCCUCCUCGACCUCUUCCUCCUCGUUGCUGUACUCCGGCGACCUGGAGGCGCUGCAGCGCCUGCAGGCCGGUAACGUGGUGCUCCCGCUGGUCCACCGGGUCACCGGGACUCUGGCGUCCACCAGCACCACGGCGCCACGGGUCUACACCACCGGCACCAUCAGGUACGCCCCGGCGGACGUCACCCUGGCCAUGGCGCAGGGCAACCUCCUCCCCAAUGCCGCCAUGAACUUUGUGGACAGCUCGGGGUUCGGCCUGGACCCCAAGACGCCGAUGGAGAUGCUGUACCACCACGUCCACCGGCUCAACAUGUCCGCAGCGGCGGCCGCCGGCCCGUUUGUCGGAUCUCCGGCGGCCACGGGCGGGAACGGCGCCCUGGGAGGCCAGAUGCCGACGGCGGCCAACGUUUUCACCACGGCGGAGGGACUGUUUUCGACGCUACCGUUCCCGGUGUACAGCAACGGGAUCCACACCACGCAGACCGCUCUGGAGAGGAAGGAGGAUUAACGCUAAACAUUCAAGACCGCAUUACUGUGUUUCUGGAAUCAAAAACUGUGUCAAAGUAAAAGACUACUCACUAGUUAAAAAAAAAAAAAAGAAAGACUAUUUACUUGCUAUCUUUUAUCAACACAGCACUGUGUUUCCGAGAGGGGAGAAAGGACAGGAAAGGAUGACAAAUGUACUCUAGCACUUUGAAUCUGAGCAACUGAGCUUGUGUAAUAGACAUGAAUGACCCUCAAACAUGUCCCCCUUUUCUAUCUUUUUUCUCUCUCCUCCUCCUCCUCCUCCCAUCCUCUCCUCCUCCUCUCUCUUCUAUCGCUCCUGUUUCUUGCGAUCAGCAACAUUUUUCUCUUGAACAAAUGAACAGAAAAAAAAAACCAGACUAUUCUUUAUUGUAAAGAAUUCCUUUUUUGCCUACAGAGAAUUCAUAUUGCCUAAGGACUCCGCUGGAGCCUGACGGGGAUAGUUUUUAUUAUUUGACUUGUUUCUGUUGCAUCUUUGCCAAGAUGCUGAUUGUGUGUAUUUAAAGGAGGACGGUACAGGGAUUUGUAAUGGACAAAAAAAAAAAAACUCUAUGCGGCGCUCCUCCACAUGUAUCUUGAUGUGAUCAAGGCUUGAUUUUAAAGCGAGAUGAGGGAGCUCUCGAACAAAGGUCUCAGAGGUAAUAAUCUUUUGAAAAAAGGUUUUUGAGGACGUUUCUCGAUUGAGGGAAUAGUUUAGAGAAUUAAUGCUGUUUUUCCUUUCAUUUCUUCCUUUUUUUUAUAAAAUAUUCUAGCUCAGAUUUAACUUACAAAUCAAGCAUAAAGAAGAAAAACAAAAAAAGCAAUUUCAGCCGGGUAAUGACCUGUGAAUUAUCGAAUGUUACUACUUCCUCUUUUAUCCCAGGAGUUUACCUACAGGUCUCGCACCAAACAUAACCUCCUCCACAUCUCCUCCCAUCUCGACCUGCCGUUCUCCCUCUGGUCUCUGAUCUCUAACUUCUCCGUCUACAUUUCUUCCUGUCGAUCUACAGAUUCAUGGUGCUACCGACCGUCCAGUAACCCUGACUCAGCUGGCUGACGUGGGUGCUGUAAACGAACCCACAGCUCGUUGACAGACUGAUCGUGUGUUUUAUUUUUUUGGUUUUGGAGGGGGAACAAUUUUACUUUUUUCUUCUCUUCUGACCUUCAGGAAAGUCAGAAAACACAGCAAGAACCUUAAAACCUCUAAAUCAGCAACAUCAUCUCCAUGUUUCACCCUACACGUCCCUGUUUCGUUCGUCUGAGAAACGCUUAAUCUGAUUGGGCCGUGAGGGACAGAUCCGCAUGGCGACAUGGAGGUGAUUGGUUGAAUUCUAGGCUACAUAAUGUUGUUUAAUUUUUUAUGUAUUUUCUAACUUAAUCACUUUAAAUUCUCAGUGAGACUGAGGCUAAUACGCUAGUGUUGCUAACUUGAAAAAUGAAUGUUGAAAACCUCGACCGGCUCCUGUUUGACCACUGUUCAGUUUUAUUAUGUACUUAUUAUGUUUCCUCCUCCUCCUCCUGCUCCUCCUCCUCCUCCUCCUCCUCCUCCUCUUCCUCUUCUUCCUAAACCAGAAUCACCUCCACGAGAUUUUUCCUAAACAAUCCACUCUCUUCCAUCUCAUCGCCGAGCUCUGUGAUUAAAAACCACAUAUCAACAAAAGGAGAUUGUAAUAAAGAACAUGCAUUUUCAAUCAAUCAAAUCUAUCAAACAAUCAAUCCAAUAACUACAAAAAAAAUAUGAAUAUUAAUUUUUUUUUUUGAGGAAGAGAAAAAAAAUCAUUCCUUUAACUAAUGUUGUCUUUGUCGUUGUUCUUCUUCUUCCGUUCUGUGUUUUUUCUUCCCCGACCCCUCCGUUGCCAAAAAAAAAAAAAAAAAAGAACAAAAAAAAAGAAAUCUCACAAGUUUAGUGUUUUAAAAAAGCACUGUGAUUCUCAUUCAUUUGUAAAAAAUUUUCUUCUACUUUUUUGGGUAAAAAGAGAAAAAAAAAAGAUGAGAACAAGUAAUAAUGAUAAAAAAAAACUGUCACGACAUCCAUCUUUUUAAAGUUGACAGCCCCGUCUUUACCAUCCCGUCAUCCCUUAUUACCCAGUGUGAUUAAGCCGUAAAAACGUGUUACCGAUGUGUUUAGUGUCACUGGCUGUCAAAAAGUCUUUCAUGGCGACUUCUCUCUCUGUGUGUGUUGACUAUAUGCAGUAUAUACUGAGCUACUGUAGCUGUUUUUGUCCUUUGUCUUCUCUGUGCUCUAUCUCUAGUGUUGGGGGAGGGGAGAGGCGGGGCUUAGAGGGAGAGGGGCGGAGUCUACGGGAUGAUUGACAUCCCUCAAAAACGCCCACCCUCUUCGUCUCUUUCCCCGUCUCUUGCUCUAUCUCCCUCUAUCUGCAGUCUUAGUGAAACCAGUGGAGGUUCGUGGAAUUUCGUGUUCGGUGGCCUUUGCAAAAAACGAAAAAAAAAUUUGUAGAGUCCACCAUUUUUUCCGCUGCUUCCUUUUUGUCUUUGUAAAACCUCUUUUUUGUUUCUUUUUUUGUUCGUUUUGGGUUUUCUAAUCUCUCUUUCUCUCUCUCUGCUAUUGCUUUUUGCUGUUGUGUAGUCUUAUACAAAACCUCUUUAUCUUGCUGUCCUUUCUCUCAGAGAUGAAAAGAUUCUUUAACUAGCUCAAAGGUUUAUGGAGCCAUGUUUUUAGCCGCUAAGGAAUUCUGGGAAACGCAGUUUCCAGCUCUUGCAUACAAAGUAUUAAAUAACUAAUAAAUAUUUACAUUAUAUAGGACUAAAUUAUGACGAGGAGAAACCUUAAGUAGCAUUUUAGAUGUAGUCCUGGAAAAGAAACCCACAAAAGCCUCAGUUGUGAAACAUUUCCCAGAGUCCCUUUGGGCUUCCUGUGUGCAUUGGGUGUAUUUCAUUGGUUCCCACCAAACUUGUUGACUUCCUGCGCAAUCUUCUCUCACGGGACAAACAAAGUUACACAAGUGGUUUAAGGGGGGAGAAAAAAAAAAUCACAUUUCAGGACACGUAAUAAAUGAAAAAAAAAAAAACGAUUUUAAAGAUUUCUAAAGAAAUUAAAAGAAGAAAAAAAUAUUUCGCACUAUAAAUCUAUUUUUAUAGGUGUUUUGGAAAACUGAACUGCAUGUUUAGUAAAAGUUCGUCUGAUGCGUUUCCCGUGAUCGAUCCCUCGUUUUGUUUAUUGUUUGUUUUUAUUUUUCGGGUCCAGUGUUUUUUUGUUUUUUUUUGUGUCGAGCCCAAACGGGGGACGCGAUGGAGGCCUGAUGGAAGAAGAAUAAUAAAGUCUGUAUUGUCAAAGCGAGCCGGGCCUCUGAUCACCCCCCAAACAUCAGGAAUUACAAUCUGUAGCGUCUGUGCUUUCUGUGGAGAAUCAAUGUCUUGUUACUGCGACUAUUAAUCAACUACAAAACAAACUGAAACUUUACGAUGGAUUUAUUUAUUUUUGUGUUCACCAAGGGGAAUGUGAUUGGUCCACUCGGUCUGUCGGCUGAUGGUUGAAUGUUAAAUUCAGUCGUUUCAGGAGCAUUUUGUUUCUGCGCUCCUCGGGAUUUUAGCGUUUUCUACUUUUGGCGGUUUGCGUGAAAACGGGGGGCGGGGCACAAACGGACGGCAGGGCCCCUAUUUGGUAAAGAAAAAGGGUAGUGGGCGGGGCUGGAGGGGCACAUAACUCAGACGAAACCAGGAAAUACACCCACAUGUAACAAAAACCAAACAGCCGGUCCAAGCUGUUUCAAUGUUUUUUCUGUGUUUUAUGUCGAAAAAUGAAAACUCUGCUGGUGAUUUUAAAAACGUAAAAACCUUAAUCACAGCUGCUGUCAAAAAUACAUAGUGUUUAAGAAUUACAAAUAUUGAAAAUCACUUCAUUUACCUGUGAAGAAACUGUGUCUGUGUUUUUAACUAUUUCUUGUACAAUUAUACAGAUUCUUUUAUGAGGAACUUGGUGCCAAGUAGCUGAAAUACGGGAGAGAGGGAAUCUCUUAUUAUCAAUGUUAACAGUGUUAUAAAAUUCUAAAUACAAACAAAUUAAAAUAUUAAAAAAGAGAAAACUAUGGUACAUUUCUAUUUUUUGUUUGGAUUUUUUUCCCUCACAGAAGAGGGAAAAACACAUGACUAACUGAUGCUAACUUUGAGUGCCUGGCUUAUUUUUUAUUAUUAUUAUUAUUAUUAUUAUUAUUAUUAUUAUCAUUAUUUUCAAAUACAUCUUUUUGAGUUCAUUUACCAUGAAUAAUGCUGCAAAUCCGAAAAAUGUACAUACUUCAUUUUUAUAGCAGUUGUUCUUUUUUAAGUUUACUAGGUUCUCAUCCGUCCAGAGGAACAUGUCACACACAUGGUUGUCUUUCUGUAACCCGGUUUUGACCAUCUUACAGGUGCCAUAUUCAUAAUAAAAAUUUCUCUCGAAUUUGUUA